AUGUCUCCAAGGAACACCAGCGACUCUGAUCGUGUCUCUAUCUCACAGUCCAUGCAUACCUCCAUGGUUUCAGGAAUCUCAAAUAUGGCCUCGAGAUCAAUCCAGGAUGAUGAAAUUUCGAGCCAUGACAGCUCCUCGUUGUGCUCAAGUAUCCGUACAGCCCAUGGAAAUCCACAGGACAUGAAAGACUGGACACUAAACCGCCAAGACUCCCUUGACCAGGCCAUGUCAAAAUCAGACUCAUCCGAGGUUCACAUGCUUUCUUUCUCUCUAUCACAGCAGCUGAUGACCCCCACGGUCGGACCAAAUGAUAUUAUGUACCCAGGCAUGGACUUCCCAGCAGUCCCUGACAUGGACCAUGAAAUGACCCGGGAUCUUUAUAACUCCUUCCUGGAUUUCUCUUCUGUUGAAAAUGAUGUCUGUGUCGGAAACGGCACCCCAGAUGAUGCUCUUUCCAUCGGGCACAGCUCUCACAGUACCGAGGACGGCCACUAUAUCACAGGCCCAGAGUGGACCCCAAUGAUGCAUGAUACCCAUUACCCAGGAACCACCAUGGAAUACGCGUCAGGUCUUUACCAGACCGCCCCGGUCUCCCCACCACUGACCGACGCUAGCAAUGAUAUUUCUUGCUCACACGCGGGAUACUCUUCAUUCAUGGCCCCCGAUGAUGCACUCCUCGGAGAUUUCACCACAUCGCCCAUUGGAACGACCCAUGGACUCAACCCUGCGGAGCCCUUGUUCCCCAGCUCCUCUAUCAACGACAGAGAUCCCCACAGGACCAUCAGACCCUCAAAGCCAUCCCGACGUUCGGCGUUGUCAUCUGUUUCCCAGCAACAAAUCAAGACUGAGCCCGAUUUCUUCCCUACCCUCCCAGUGAGAGAGCCAGCCCGCCCAAGAUCCAAGGAAGGUGUUGAGGCUCGCAACCCGCGAGAGCACCAGUAUUAUUCCAUGUCCACCCACAGCGAUGGAAAAUACUACUGCCCAUUUGCCACUGGAGAGAAACCCUGCAGCCACCCACCCACCACGCAAAAAUGCGCUUACCACAAGUACUUGGAUUCCCAUCUGAAGCCAUACCGCUGCAAGGUCCCCGCCUGCAUCGAUGCCCAGCUGCGCUUCUCUUCCAACGCCUGUCUGUUCCGCCACGAGCGCGAGGCUCACGGACUACAUGGCCAUGGAGAUAACCCCCACCUCUGCCUGUGGGAGGGCUGUGAACGCGCCGUUCCAGGAAAUGGAUUCCCACGGAGAUGGAACCUUUACGACCACAUGCGUCGCGUGCACGACUAUGCCACUUCCGAGCGCCACAGCUCGCCCGAGACCUCGCCCGGUGCUGGUCAGAUCAAGAAGAAGGAACCCACUGGCCGCAAGAGAAGAGUCACCGGUGCCACCCCGGCGCCCACCAUGAAGCGCACUCGGUCCGUCAACUCCCAGGCUAGCUCCAUCAAGGCCAGCCAAGCUUCCGCUAGCCUCAGCCAGCACCUCCAGAACGCCGAGCAGAACUUCUUCAAGUGCCGCUCGCGUCUGCUCGAGGAGCUGAGUGCCAUUUCCCCUAAGGAUACCAUUAUGCACGAGAAGGUCAAUGCCGGUUUCCAGGAACUGUUCACUUUGGGCUUGAACUACCGCCAGAUUGAGGCCAGCCAGGCUGUUUCCCACAUGCCCAAUGGAUUGCCUUGA